AUGGCCUUCGAAACAGACGGCCUCCGUCGUCACAACGGCCACAUCGAUGAGAACGAUGUGAGCUCAUCGCCAACCCUCACAGCCUCAGCAGCUGAGACUACACCCCUCCUCAACUCUGAGACAGCCAGCUCAUACACCAUCGGCAAUGAGCCACCACCAUCACCACCUCAGGAUGAGAAGCCCAUUGGAUUUGCUCGGGGGCUUUCCAUUGCGCUGAGCAUGUGGGCUCUCAUCUUCCUUCAGGCAAGCAACAUGUCCGGCAUCUCUACCAUCCAAUCCACCAUCGCCACCGAGCUCGACGCCUACGACCAAGCCAUGUGGUUCACCGGCGCCUACCUCAUCACCUCUUCCUCCGUGGCGCCCCUCAUCGGCCGACUAUCGACCAUCUUCUCACCCGGCCUCAUGAUCCUGGUCUCCUCCUUUUUCUUCUCCAUCGGCGCCCUCGUCACCUCCCAAGCCCGAACCCUUUCCGUCUUCAUGUUUGGCCGCGUCCUCGUCGGCAUCGGCGGCGGCGGCAUCAUGACCCUGGCCCUAAUCCUCGUCAUCCAACUGACCAGCAAGCGGCGCCGCGGCGUCUGGAUCGGCCUGACCAACGCGGGCUUCACAAUCGGCAUGUCCACCGGCGCCGUCGUCUUCGGUGCCUUGCUCCCCGUCAUCGGCUGGCGCGCUCUCUUCUGGGCGCAAGCGCCCUUCGGUCUCCUCGGCGGUCUAGGCGUCUACGCCAGCAUCCCCUCCUUCGUCAUGUCCACCGGCCAACCUUUGUCUGCAGGAGACGCAGAGAAAACCAACCUCCAAAAACUGAAAGGGAUCGACUACGCCGGCGCCGUCACGCUCACCACCACCAUCGUCCUCCUGCUUUACUCCCUCUCCGGCCGCACGGGAAUCCACUACGUCCCGCUCUUUUCGUCCUUCCUCACUUUCGCUCUUUUUUUGCUGAUCGAAUCCCGCUACGCCACCGACCCCAUCAUCCCGCUCCGCAUUCUCCGCUCCCGCGGCAUUUUAUUGUCUUGCCUCUCGCAGCUGGGCUUCAUGUCCGCGCGCUGGACCGUGCUCUUCUACGCGCCCAUCUUCGCCCUCGCCGUGCGCGGCGCCUCGCCCGCCCUAGCGGGCUCUAUUCUCAUCCCCACCAACCUCGGUUUCGGAACAGGCGGCUUGCUGGUAGGUUGGCUGCACAUGACGCACGUGGACCAUACGAGCAAAGGGUAUUGGUUUCCUUCUUUGUUGUCCAUGAGUAUCUUCGGUCUCGCGAUCCUGGCGAUGGGGUGGGUGGCCAACGCGGCGAUGCACAUCAGUUGGUACGUGGGCGUGAUUUUCGUCAACGGACUGGCGACGGGCGCGGCGGUGAAUUAUACCAUGGCGCAUUUGCUGCAUUUGAGUCAUGUCCGGGAGCACUUUAUUGUUACGGGGCUGUUGGCAACCUUCCGUGGGUUCGCGGGCUCUUUUGGGACGGCGAUUGGUGGUGGGAUUUUCGGGAGGGAGCUGAGGGCUUCGUUGUAUAGGGGCUUUGAGAGCAUAGGCGAGGGGGGGAUGUUGCCGAGAGAGAGGAUAGAGAAGUUGGUUACCGUGUUGGUGGGCAGUCCCGCAAGAGUCCAUGAGCCGUCGUUCUUGACGGUGGCGGAGAGGGUGGUGGCUGUUAGGGGAUAUGAGAAUGCGUUGAGGACGCUUUAUCAGAGUGCGGCGGUGUUGUGUGUGGUUGUGUUGUUGGUGCAGGCGGGGACGGGGUGGACGGCGGGAGGAGUGAGUCCGGAGGAGGAGAGGGAGAUUGAGGAGGCGAUUGCGGAACAUGAUGGGAGGAUGGAGGCUUGA